AUGCAAUCCCCCGUGCGAUUGGAGUUUUUGACGACACGACAGCGUGUCGUAACGGCUGUUGCGUGCGAGUUACACAGAGGACCCAAAGCAGCGAGUAGCAAGCGCUCAGCUGUCAUGUGUCGCUCGUCGCCACCGCCGAAGUGCGGGAUACCCUCGCUCGCUUCGUGGAGCGCCGACAUCUAUCCGAUCAUCCUCAAAGAAACAACGCAGCUCGUGCUGACGUCUAACAGGCCAUUGCAGAUUGAGUACGUUAUAGCCGAAAAUAGCCGAGUUCCUCAAAGAGCUCAACCUGACUCCACCUCUACUCAUCUAAGAAAACCACCAUAA